GACUUUUUGCGAAGAUAAUACCAUGAGCGGGAUUCGAGUGGUCUCUUGUAGUGUGAAAAGAAACGUUCACACACUUCUGAGGAUGGUAAGAAACCGACAAAAGACGGCCAUAAAACAUUCCACAAUGCGUUGCUAAUAAAACACUAAAAAUACUUUGAAUGCGUGUUACGGCUCGUGUACACGUGCACAUGCUACUGGGCGCGAAUUCGCUUGAGCCGUUGUUAGCGCGCUUGUGUGGGUUGACACGUGAUCCUGGGUUAGUUAGGGUGGUGUGCUCGGAUUGGCUCACGUGCUCGGUUGCAUGACUGAGCACCGUCAGCCAGACGUGCUGUAAUAACCCCAAAAUAUUUAGAAUGCGCUUGAGGCAACGAAAACGGUUUGUACACAGGCCAAACGCUGCUUUCCUCACCUCACCAAAAAAUGCGGAGCAUAACAUUUCUUCACGACCACGUGGAGCAAGCAGUCAAAGAAAGAGUUGAGACUGCUGAUGACAAAACGUGACACGUGAUCUGUUUUAACUGUCAAUCACCAACAAAUCGUGUUUUUCGUCUUUUUACAUGGCAAUCAUAUAAAUACUUAACCUGUUUUGCGAGCCUGUACGAUAAAUAUAAUACUGACUUGUUUGCACAAACCAAAUUGUUGUAAUAACACUAAACUUCGAAUUGACCGUCUGAGAAAGGAGAACCAUUAGGAAAGGCGAAAAGUGCCGCGCUUCCCUGCCGUAAAGAAAUGAUGAGACGCAAACGAUCUUGCUCUACACAUCAAAGCAGCAUUGUAAAUGUACAUGCAGUGGUACUUGGCUUGGAUGGUGUAGGAAAAUCGGCUCUUACCGUUCGAUUCCUAACUAGACGCUUUAUUGGGGAGUACGAUGAAAGCUUAGAGAUGACAUACACACAUCACAUGAAUCUAGACGGGCAAUAUGUGGCACUUGCUAUCAUGGAUACAGCCGGCGAGAACACAGAACACAAAGUGCAACAGUGCGCAGCUUUUGGAGACCUGAUCUUCAUUCUGUACUCCAUCACGGAUCGGUUUUCGUUCAUGGAGGCGAAACGUUUGGGGAGAUACAUACGAAGAGUUAAAAACAAUGAAUGCAUCCUUAUUCUAGUUGGCACCAAGAAGGACUUGAAACAUCACAGACGAAUCAGCCUAAACGAAGGACUUGGGCUGGCCAAGGAGAUAAGUUCUGCAUUCUGUGAGAUUUCAAUUUCAGAAGGAUUUGUCGAGACGAAUUCUCUUUUGUAUGAGUCUUUGAGGCUGCAUUUGAACAAUAGAACAGAGGAAGAAAAUGCGGACAAGGAGAAAUUGAGUCCUUUGUCACGGAUGAAAGAAGGAUUUAGAGGAAUAUACGCGAGACGAAAAUCAUGCUCAGUCUGAUGCGGUUAAAAGGGAACUUCAAGGAAGGACGAAAAUAAACAAUAACACAGGACAGCUUAACUUCAUGGCGUCGACACACAUUUUAGUCUUGUAGAAUCACAUAGUAAAGAAAAAAAUCGCUUUCUGAUUGGCUGACAAAGAUAGGCGUUUUAAAAUUUGUAUUGCAUGGAUAAUUGCUUCCUAAUUCGCUUUCGGGAGACAUUUUUCAAGGGGAAAAUCCAUAGGUGCUUACUGUUGCAGUUUUUUUUUUACUCAAGGACUAAAAGUUUGGAAAAAUGAGUGGAUGGUAGAACCAUUACAGGGACCGGCGGCGGAGACAAUUUGAAAGUGGUAGGGCUAAAAAAGUCUGGCCAAUACAAACAAACGUUAAGGUCAGUGUUUCGCUAUUUAUCUUGCACAUUUGUGCGCCAUCUGGAGCCCUGGAAAAUAUAUCCCAGCAAUAAAAGUGGUAGGGUGAUCAGCCCCUCUCCCUCCGCGGUCCCUGCAUCAAAUAAUUAGGAAUUUUCGGGGGCAUUGGGAAUUUCGCAGGGUUAGAUCUUGAAAGGUGAAAAUGGAAGAAUGGCUCUGUUCAUAUGGUGCAGAGCUUUUGCCGUAGUUAAAAAAAAAUAUUCAAAACAGAUUUCCUUUCACAACUACACUGGUAUGAGUAGAAGGAAUUGACACGGUAGCUGUAAUAUUUCUUCAGAGUGGUUUUGGUUAUUUGAAUGCCAUUUUUGGUAACAGCUCUAGGUGUGUAAAAGAGUCGAGGACAUUAAAUUACAGAUCUGUUACCGCAUCAAAUCGUUUUGCAUUUGUCUGAGAACUGUUUCUUCGCCUAGUUAGAGGACCUUAGAGGUACUCAUACCAUCCUUACACUGCUUGUGUUUGAAAAAAUAUAUAUUUUCUACUUGUGUUUAAACAAAUAAAAGCCAUUCCAAGACGACAUUUUCGGAUAUUGAUGCGUGUUAUCAUUUGCCAAAGUCUGGCCAUAACAAGUCAAAUGCACCUUCACUUUAAGCCUUAUACUCCCCACGUUUUUUAUUAUUUUUCUUCCUUUUUAGCUGAUUUUAUCA